AUGGGAUUUAGCAAGGAGCACAAGAUACUUGCACAUUUUCAGUCGACACUUCGCAAACGAAACAAAAACACUGCGACAUUUAAGUACACGAUUGCUACGGAGUAUCAAAAGGUUCGACUCCAGACUCACCCAAAUGAGACUAUUCCACACCCGGCAACAAUCGGCUCCCUCCCCUCCCUUCUCGAGUUCUCCUCCCAACCAUUUACGUUCCCCGAGUCACUUUUACACCUUCGGGUUUCUUUCUUCCCUCCCCUUUCCCCUCCCGCCUCCCCCCCUCCCACUCUCCCAAACCACCCCCAUUCACGCCAAAUCCCCAUCACGAGCCCCAUUUCCCAUGCUCUCUCCUGGACGCUCUUAGACCGCCUAGCCGUGAAGUGUCUGCCCUGCACAGCUGCUCACGAGGGCACUGCACUGCGCUGCACACCCACGACACCUACGUUGAAACAUCGCCGUCCACCACCUCACGGCACUACGGACGGAGUACGGUUACUGCGGUACAACCACGAAUACCUGCUUCCACUCGUCGCCUUGUCUCUGCUUCCCUACGAAUACAAGUUGGGCCAGACAGACUUUAGAGAAACCGUCCAGUCCAUCAUAUCCCAUAUCUCGUUGCUCUCACCUCCACCCAGGGCACAUCGACUCUUUCUGCAAGCUGCACCUCGCACACACACACACACACAUACACACUGCAUACCUACUCUCAGUCUGUACGAAUACAUCUCGCAUAUUCCCCGCCAGCCUACCUUACGCAUCGGCAUCACCAGCAGCAGCAGCAGUAGUCGCAGUCGCAGUCACAGUUGCAUUCCCCUGCUGCCGUCUUUCACACCUCCAUCUUCCCAAAGCUCGAAUCGGUCUGCGGAACUCGCAGUACCUUCAAGAUACUUCGCCCUCACAGGUUCGACCCGCCGUUCAGCCCACUUCUUCCCUCGCGUCUGCCUCGGAGCUCAAGCUGCUUUUCAACCCUCUGCCCGGUCCGUCUACCCAAAGUCAGUCUUGCCAAAAGCACAAGUCAAAACCAAGACGCCUACAGCACACGCUUGUCCCUACAUCGACACUUUCUUCGCCCAAAGGAGCAGGCAUCUGGAAAUUAACCAUUGCAACCUUGCUGGUGGUCCUCCGGCCGUUGCCGCCGCCCCUACUACUGCUCCUAGUCCCUCUUGGAAAUACUCCUCAUCGUCGGACUUCGACUCCAUACUUACGCGGAUCCCUUUUUUUUCGGUCCCGUCGCCUUUUCCACUUUUGCCUCACCCGCCAGGUCUCUUCCGCACGGCACUGAACUUGCUGAAGCCUGCUGGGUACAACCGUCGUGACCCUACAACACACGUCCCCCAUACGCAUACCUUGUUGCGACUCUACAUCCAGAUACAUCGUCUCGAGACCGCUGUCCCCGUCGCCCUCGCUGUCGCCGCUCGCUGUCUCCGUCGUCGUUAUCGUUCUUCGACAUUGGUGCGUACCGUUCGUACUUCGUACUCCAUAGACUUCAAUCUCGUUGCCCAUUCUCGUCCACUCCCCCUCCCCUCCUAUCCCAUCCAUGAUCCCCAUCCACAUCCUGUGCCCAUUUGUCCUCCACACCCUAGCCCACAUCCCACUCUAUCUCUUGUGCGCCGCUUCCUGUCAACUAACGGAGCAGACAAGGCCUCGCUCCCUCAGCCCAGCCCAGUCCCAAUCCCAGCCGAGCCCGGUCUAGUCCAGGAAUCCACCCCGGAGACACAGACGCACAACACGCACAGAGUGAAAGCCAGACAGAUACUCAACCGGAGCCUACCCGUCAUAACUGGGGUUUCUGUUCGCUUCAUCAUCUACUCAAUUUUCAUUUUUCUGCAUUUUCCCUUUCUUACCUUUGGUUUCCGCUUCUUGGGCUUUCUUCUGGCUCUAGCAUUGUCGUGUGUCGGUAACGAGCCGGCCACCCUCUGCACUUCCUCACCCCACCGCUUCUUUACCGCGACUACUCUUCUUGUCUACUUCUUUGCGAUUGCUCUGGCCUAUUGCAAAUCUUGUGGUAUCGACGCCGAAUCAGACCUUGGCAACCUGGCGCAGAAGCAGCAGUUUCUGCCGAGUUCCUCUCUCCUCCCGAACCCACCUUGCUUGACCGACUCGGCUCCCAAAUCCCGCCCUACAUGA